UGGUCUGCCUAUUACUGUAUUUAAUCCUGUGGUUGUUUGGACUGCUUGGGAGACUAUCCGACUUUUUUGGAACGUGUUAUAACGUACUGUUUUUUUCUUUUCUAGGUAAGUUUUGUUUAUAAAUAUGUCCCAGGCUCGGAAGCGGAAGACAUUUUCUCCAACCGUUCCGGAAAGAGCAACAGCUAGGUUUAGGGGUGAGACUUCUGCUGGUGAAGAGGAUAUUGCGAAUUUAUUACGGGAUUCUAAUUUUGAUGUGGCAGAGGGAGUUAGGCUUUUAUUGCGAUUGCAUGUCUCGUUGAAUGGUAAGGUGGAUGAAUUUAUUAGAAGACUGGAUCACUUGACAGAGUGGCUCAAGAAUGUAGAUGAGGCGUUGAUUGAUUUUGAGGUGAGGUUGGGGGAGGUUGAGGCAAAGGUUGGAGGGGAUGUGAUCGGUGUCGGACAUUCGGGGGAUAUGGAUAAAAUUCUUACGAAAUUGUCCUUUUUUGAGAGGGAACUGGAUGCGAUGGACAAUCAGAGAAGGAUGAACAAUGUGGUUAUUCACGGAUUGGAAGAGAGGAAAGAGGAGUCGUCUCUGGAAAUAUUUGAUUCUGUUAGUUCUUUUGCGGUUAAUACUUUGAAUUUAUCCGCGUUACAUUUUGUAAAUGUGCAUCGGAUUGGGAAGAGAAUUGGAGAUAAACCUAGACCAGUGAUUUGUCAAUUUGGGUCUUUUAGUGAUAAAUUAAAAUUUAAAAAGGCUGUAUUUGAAAACCGGAAUCUUAAUGUUGCUGUGUAUGAUGAUUUUUCUAAACGUUUAAGGGAUAUUAGAUACAACCUAAGGAUUUUUGGAAAGAAAAAAAGGGAGGAAGGAGCAAGAAAUGUUCGGUUAAGUUAUGAUAAGUUAUUAGUAGAUGGAGUUCGGUAUAAAUUUGAUGAAGUAUUGGCCAAGGUGGUGCCGAUCUCAUAGCAACCACCAAUGACUUCUGUGUUUUCUAUUAUGGCGUGGAAUUGUGCUGGGAUUGGUAAUAAACCGCGGUCCUUCUGGAGUUAUUUAUUGAAGUAUGACGUGGUUUUUUUAUCGGAAACAUGGUUUGUUAAAGGUAGGGGUAGAUGUUACUGGGAGGAAUUAAGAGAAUAUCAUUGUAUUGUUGGUGAUGCUUUGAGGGUUCACAAUAGAGGUAGACCUAUGGCUGGUUGGUUGCUGUGCAUUAAAUCUUCUUUGAAAUUUAGCAUUAUUUAUAGAGAUAGUUAUAUUAUACUGAUUAACAUUUUGUUACCGUUAGGAGAGUUUAAUAUUUGUUUUGUUUAUAUACAGGAACAAAGAUGGCAAGAAAUUUUUGAUG